CUCGACUCUAGCUGAGACGCGCCUUCCACACCACCGCCGCGACAGCCCAGCACCACGUGUGCCUCACCCCGACAGUGCUGGCCAACACACGCCCUCGUCUCCACAUCACGCUACAGCUGCCGCUUCCACCGCCUCGCCCUUUUCCAGCGGCGUUCGCUGCGAUACCCCGCCAACAUGGCUUCGAUGAUCGAUAUCCAGCGCGACCUCAUUCUCAACUCGAUUAAGCAGACCACGCGCGGCGACUGGAAGAUACUCAUUGUGGACGAGGACAGCCAGAAGCUCAUCAACAACGUGGUCAAGGAAGAUGACAUCCUCAACCUCAACAUCACAAACAUCGAGCGCAUCGAGGACCGGCGGCAGACGAUUCGCGACAUGGACGCCGUGUACAUCAUCACACCCAAGCCACACAUUGUCGACUGCAUGAUGGCCGAGUUCGACCAGCGCAGAUACCGCGGCUUCUUUCUGAUAUGGACAACACUGCUGCCACCACACCUCAAGGAGCGCAUAGACCGGUCGCAAAUGGCGCGCGAGCAGAUUCGGAGCUUCCGCACAGUGCACCUCGACUUCCACCCCCAAGAGUCGCACCUCGUUACCUUCAAAGACCCAUGGAGCUUCCCCAUCCUCUACCACCCCGAGUGCAACAACCUCGUAGUACGCCACAUGGAAGACAUUGCAGAAAGAAUCACCGGAAUCUGCGUCGCACUCGGCGAAUACCCCAUCAUCCGAUACUACCGACCGCGAGCCCCAACCCACGAGGCCAGCGUCUUGUGCUCACACCUCGCCCGCUUCGUCCAAGACAAGCUCGACAUGUACGCGCAGUUCAACCAAGACUUCCCCCCGCAAUCGAACCGACCCCGCGGUGCCCUCUACAUCACCGAUCGAUCCAUGGACCUCAUGGCCCCCUUUCUCCACGAGUUCACAUACCAAGCAAUGGCCAUGGAUCUGUUGCCUAUACAAGACAGCGACAAGGUGACCUACCGCACCAUUGUCAACGAAGAGGAUCCCGAGGCAGAAGAGAAGGACAUGGAGAUAUCCGACAAGGACAAGAUAUGGGUUGAAAACCGCCAUCGGCACAUGAAGGACACUCUCGACAAGUUGAUCAGCGACUUCCAAAAGUUCAUCGCCGACAACCCCCAUUUCACGAACCAAGACGCCCAGAACGCUGCCGGAAUGAAUGGACUGAAUGCAAUCAAGGAUAUGAUCGCUGGUUUGCCUCAGUUCCAGGAGAUGAAGGAAGCUUACUCGCUACACCUGACCAUGGCGCAGAAGUGUAUGGAGAUCUUCCAGAAGCACAAACUCCCAGAUCUUGCUUCAGUGGAACAGUGCCUUGCUACCGGUCUUGAUGAAGACUACCGCAAGCCCAAGAACAUGACUGACCAGAUUGUGCGCACAUUGGACGACGAAGAGAUAACGCCAGCUGACCGGCUACGCCUUAUCGCGCUCUACGUAAUCUUUAAGAACGGAAUACUACCAGCCGACCUCCAGAAGCUCCUCUUCCACGCACAACUGCCACCUCCCGACGGCGACGUUAUUCGUAACCUUGACCUCCUUGGGGCGCGAGUCGCCAGACAACUGAAAGAGAAAAGAGAUGCACAGCCACCACUCUUCCCACCGAAGCCAGCCCCACCUCCAAAUACUGAGGACUACGGUCUAUCCAGAUUCAACCCGGCGCUCCAGGACAUGCUAGAGGAACACAUCCGCGGCAGCUUACCCCAGGACGUCUUUCCCUUCACUAAGAUGUCACCCGAUGAUGUCGCCAGCAUGGCACAAGAGAAUACUGCACCCGCUUCCCUUCGCUCCGCAAAACCGACAUGGGCCAAAUCACGACUUGCGAGUGCGGAGCCCCGUCAACGCGUCAUCGUCUUCGUUGCCGGCGGUGCAACCUACUCCGAGGCCCGCGCCUGCUACGAUGUCUCGAACAAGACCUCGAGAGACGUUUUCCUCGUCACCUCACACAUGAUGAAGCCGCAGCUCUUCCUCCGUCAAGUCGGCGAUCUCAGUCAAAACCGCCGCAGUCUGCGUUUACCCAUCGAUCAACCGCAGCCUAUAGCCCCGGCACAUUUGUUCGAGAAGCCUGAGCCUCCGAAGCCAGCACCGCCGCCUGCUGGCACAAAGCCUCCCAUGUCCGGGGGCCUGCCGUCCGGACCCAGAGUCGCUGGCCCGAAACCCCCAACAGCAGCCAUGGGUGCCAUCAACCUCAAUUCCAACCCGCAAAAACACAGUCCUUCGCCGUCGCAGAGCAGUACUACGAAGCCCGGCAAAGAAGAGAAGGAAGGCAAAGAGAAAAAGAAGAAGAAGUUGCACCUGUUUUCUUCAAAGCAUUAGUGAGGCUUGUUAACAUUUCCUGCUAGGGCGCUGCAUACCUUUCUGGCGUUGUUUUGCUUUGUUCAUAGCGAGGAUUGAAUUUGCUUCAUUUGCAAUAUUUGCGAGGUAAGCUGCAUGGCAUGGCGUUGGAUGGCGUAUAAGAAUCUUGUCUGGCGGUUGCCCGAGGCGUACAGCUGGAGAUGAGUACUUGGCGUUUUGCUGUUGGAG